UGUUUCUUUGUUACGAUUGUCAUGUUUACAUUUCCUAAUUGGAAAUAAUCUCUGUAUCACGUUGAAGUGGCUCGACUCGAAAUAUGGCCAAGACAAAAACAAUUAGCAAGGGAUGCCCCAAAUGCGAGCAGCAGGUACCUGUUGCUUGUAAAGCUUGUCCUUGUGGACAUUCUUUUUUUAAUGCAAGACGUAAUUCUAUCAAAAGUCCACCCAGUCCUGACAGUGGAGUGAUGAAAACAAGAAGAACAAAUCGCAUUAAACGCGAGAAGCCAAAUUAUUAUGACGCUUUGGAAUAUGAUAAGCAGAUGAAAAAAAGUGCCAAGAUCAGAAGGACUACAGACAAUUCAAAUGAUAUUGAUUGUCGUCAGUUGAAUAAAAAGAAAAAACGAAAAGGAAAGGGAAAGGGCAAGAAUGGCAGUAAUAGUGGUAUGGGUGAUGAUGAUGACGAAAUGGAUGGAAUCAAUGGAUUAUCUCCAGAGAAACAACUCACUUGUUCUCUCAUAUUAAUUAUUCUUAGAAUUCUGAUAAGGAGAUUAUGGAUAAUACUGGACAAUCAUUGCAUCAAAUUAUCUCAGAUAAUCUCGCAAUCAGACUGCCACAUAUAG